AUGUCCGCUGCAACAUCGGGAACUUCUCAAGUCAUUGUUCGCAGCCACUCCACAUCACGCCACAAUUCGUCAUAUCGACCUUCUACAGACCUCCCUCACAGAGCCCGAAGCACAGCUACGAGACCUUCACAGUCCCAUUCUCAUAGUAGAUCCAACUCCCGACCUCUCUCCUACGACCGGCCCCCCACUUCCAAUCCAAUUAACCCUGUUAACGUCGCGCGCCCAGCUACAUCUCGCCGAAGCUCUUCGAGGGAUCGUCCGCUGGAUACCACGCAACAAUAUCGGACUGAGACUUCACGGCCCCAUCGUCAAACUUCCUUUAGAACCAACCACGGUCGAGAUAGUGUCGACAUGGCUGGGCCUGGAAACCCAGUGAAUCCUGCAAAUCCUCCAUCUAUACCCGCAGUGUCUGAUGGCCUCUCAUACACCAACGGGGCCCACCAACGUACUACUAAUGGUGUCUCUCAAAUGCCGCCGCAGUCAAAGCGGCGGACUACAAUCACCACCUCAAGUGGGCAAUGGGCACUUGGGAAGACAAUUGGUGCGGGGAGUAUGGGCAAGGUAAAACUUGCGAAGAACCUUGAGACAGGUGAACAGGUGGCUGUGAAGAUUAUUCCUAGGCAUUCGACCGAAGAGCAUCGCGGUAACCGUGAUGCGGAAAGGGCAGACCGCUCUAAAGAGAUACGGACAGCAAGAGAAGCAGCGAUUGUCACCCUCCUAAACCACCCCUAUGUAUGUGGGAUGCGAGAUGUCGUGCGGACAAAUUACCAUUGGUAUAUGUUGUUUGAAUACGUGAACGGAGGACAGAUGCUCGACUACAUCAUCUCCCAUGGAAAACUAAAAGAAAAGCAAGCCCGGAAGUUUGCGAGACAAAUCGCAAGUGCGCUUGACUACUGCCACAGAAACAGUAUUGUCCAUCGGGAUCUCAAAAUCGAAAAUAUUCUAAUCAGCAAGACGGGGGAUAUCAAGAUCAUCGACUUCGGACUCAGCAAUCUCUUCUCGCCUAAAAGCCAGCUGAAAACUUUCUGUGGUAGUCUGUAUUUUGCAGCACCCGAACUGCUACAAGCGCGGCAGUAUAUCGGUCCCGAGGUGGAUGUCUGGAGUUUCGGUAUUGUCCUUUAUGUUUUAGUCUGCGGGAAGGUUCCCUUUGACGAUCAAAGCAUGCCUCAGCUCCACGCAAAAAUCAAAAACGGGGUUGUCGAGUACCCCCAGGGACUUUCCUCAGAUUGCCGACACAUAAUAUCGCGAAUGCUGGUUACGGACCCGAAACAACGGGCUAGUUUGAAUGAGAUCAUAAACCACCCUUGGAUGACAAAAGGCUUCAGUGGACCCCCUGAUAAUUAUAUGCCUCAUCGUGAACCUCUCCAGCUUCCACUUGAUCCCGAGAUCGUCCAAAGAAUGACUGGAUUUGAUUUCGGCCCUCCUGAAUUUAUCGCAACUCAGUUGACCAAGGUUCUCGAGUCUGAUGACUACCAGAAUGUUGUGCGAUUAAGCCAAAGAGAGCAUUCUACUCCCAAUCCGGCAAAUGAGAAAAGGAGAGGGGUUUUUGAUUUUUACAAGCGUCGGAACUCUGCGAGUAAAGACACGCUUUCCAACCCGUCUGCUGAGGCGGUACAGUCAGCUGGUGACUUGCUUAAUGGCUAUAAUCCGUUGAUCUCCGUCUACAACCUUGUGCGGGAGAAACGAGACAGGGAGAGAAUUGAGGAGCGACCGGGUACACUAGCCAUCCCGCCUGGCCCUGGAGAACCCACACUGAAAAUGCCAGAAAUCCCAGCUCCAGAGGCUGCUCAUACUAACCAGCACGCUUAUGAGAUACCAGGUGAGAAGGCAACUGGCGGAAGGGCGCGACCAAGAGCACGAACCCAUGGCGACGAUGAGGUUAGAGAUGGAAUUAAGAAUCUCAAUAUAGGACAGGCAGUCGGAGCGGGAUCUCCACCCAUGGUAACUACACCGGUUGAGCACAUAAAGAAAGAAAGUGCUGCUGUCGGAUUAUUAAGACGUUUGAGCACUAGAAGAACACGGGAAAAACCAAGAGAUGCUGAUCGCGAAAAGGUUGCGACCCCCCAAGCACCUACCUUAAACAUUCAGCCCCCAGAGGACCUUGUCACUCCUCGAAAGAGUUUCAGUGUAAGAAGGCCGAGGCAUGAAAACACUCUUCCCGGUACUCUUCACUCUGGAGGAAGUCAGCCACAACAGCAAGAAUUACUGCGUGCUGUCCGGUCUGGAGAACCUACCCUCAGAACGAAAAGUGGUCUCGGGCGGUCAGCUAGCGUUAAUUCUGGCGAAAAUCGGAUCCGUAGGAAUGGGAGGAGAGGCUUGGUCGAUGGUGCUGUUUCGCAACCCAUGCAAGAUCCACCGUUGACCAGUGGAUCUGACCGCUCCAGUUUGAACAUGCCAAAAUCGCGCCUGCAGCAGAAUGAUCAGUCUGGCCAAGAUUCGAGGCCUAGCACACGUGUGCGGACAUUGAGAACAAAAUCACUCGGUCAUGCGAGACGUGAAAGUAUCCAGGCCCGACGAGCGCGUCGAGAAGAAACUCGGGAGGCAAAUGUACCUGAGGAGACCGACGCUGAACUGAGUGGUGCUGGGACUGCACUGGAGAACGCAAACGCAGGAGAAGACUUCUCAAAGCCUGUCUUCCUGAAGGGCCUGUUCAGUGUUUCCACAACUAGCAGCAAACCUCUCCCCUUCAUCCGUGCAGACAUCAUGAGAGUUCUGAAACAGCUUGGAGUUGAAUUCGCGGAAAUCAAAGGUGGAUUUAGCUGUCGUCACGCCCCAAGCAUCGACCUUAACCGUGUUAUGGAUGUCCGCCCGCCCAGCCCAGAGCGGGAUGGGAAAGUAGGUGGCCACCGCCGGCGGAUCAGCUUCGGCGGACUGCGGGCCCACGACAAAGAUGAGAACCGGGAUGAGCAUAAAUACUCAAACCCUUCGAGAACUCCACGCCGCCAACAAGGGCCUCCGGAUCGAAGUUUUAUCACCAAUUCCGAUGGUUCUGACGAGUACAUGACUGCUCGUGAUAAUUACGGCGGCGGCGAGCGCGUCGUUGGCGAAACGACCACCAGAAUCCAAAGCGAUACUGGGAGCAACCUCGUGCUCAAGUUUGAGAUAUUGAUUGUCAAAGUCCCCCUCUUCUCACUACAUGGUAUCCAGUUCAAGAAGGUGGCAGGGGGCAUGUGGCAGUAUCGAGAAAUGGCGAAAAAGAUUCUUGACGCUCUGAGGCUUUAG